AGGCAGAGUCCUGCGUAGCAGUGGCUGUCCGUUUCCUCAAAUAAGGUAAUUUGCACGUGGAAUCAUCGGAAGCUUCCUUCUCCACCGUUGCAAUGGAGCACCGCGGGCCACUCGUCCUCAAGUGCUGCGUUCUCUUCCUGUUGUUGAACGGUUUGGCAUUUCGUGUGAGCCAAGGCCAGCUUCUUCCCGUCGUCGAUGACCGAGGAGACAGCACGACGUCGUACCGCCUCAGGACUUACAUCGUCCAUGUCAAGAGGCCCGAAGGCGCACGUCUGCUCACCAGGCAUGAGCUUAAGCAGUGGCACGAGUCCUUCCUUCCCAACACCACUCUCGACUCCGGGAAGCGGCGGCUCAUCUACUCGUACCGCGAGGUCAUCAGUGGGUUCGCCGCGAAGCUGACGCCCGAGGAAGCGACGGCCAUGAGAUCCAUGGAGGGGUUCGUGUAUGCACGACUGGAGGUGACGCAUCGGAUCGCGACGACCCACACACCGCAGUUCCUGGGGCUGAGCCAGACGGGGGGGGCUUGGGACUCCGGGAACGAGGGCAAAGGCGUCGUCAUUGGGGUGCUAGACAGCGGGAUCUGGCCCCAUCCCUCCUUUGGCCACGACGGAAUGCCGGCUCCGCCGCAGAAGUUCAAAGGGUCUUGCAUCCCUUGGAGUGGUGUUACCUGCAACAACAAGAUCGUCGGGGCCAGGGGUUUUCUUGAAGGUGAAGAGGUCAUCGCCAUCGAUCACCAUGGCCAUGGGACGCAUGUGGCUGGCAUUGCAGCUGGCAACUUCGUCGAAGGUGCUGAGGUCCUUGGCAUGGCGGCCGGCAACGCCUCCGGGAUCGCACCCAAAGCUCACCUCUCCAUCUACAAGGUGUGCUUUGAUGACGUGGACUGCCCCGACUCUGGCAUUUUAGCUGCCAUCGAUCAAGCUAUCGAGGACAGGGUCGACAUACUGUCAAUGUCUUUGGGAACUACUGCCGCGACGAGCUACUAUUUCGAAGAUGCCGUUCAACUCGGCUCGCUCACAGCACUGCGUCACGGUAUCGUCCCCGUCACCACCGCCGGCAACGGAGGCCCCAUGUUCAACACACUGCACCAUGACGCGCCGUGGGUUUUGACCGUCGGCGCCACCUCUACUGACCGGAGAAUAAGAGCCAAGGUGAAGCUUGGAAACGGGGAGGAGUUCGCCGGCGAGUCUGCUUACCAACCUGACUCCUUCGAUUCAUCCAUCAUGCGCACCAUCGUGUACCCUGGCGAGGAUCACUGCUCCGCCGAAUCACUUAAGACCAUCGACGUGCGUGACAAGAUCGUUCUUUGUUCUGCUGGUCAAACAGAGGAGGUCGACAAGGGCAAGGCGGUCUCUGAAGCGGGAGGCGCCGCCAUGAUCAUCAUGAACCGAAAAAAGGAUGGUUACACUACCAGUGCCGAGGCUCACGUCCUCCCAGUAUCUCAUCUGAGCUACGAGGACGGAUCGAAAGUCCUUGCAUACUUCAAAUCACAGAAAAGCUCGAGCACAGCAACGAUCAUCUUCGGUGGCACGGUUUUGGAGCAGCGGCCAUCUCCGACCGUAGCUUCGUUUUCUUCCAGGGGACCGAACAAUGGCAACAUUCUCAAGCCGGACGUCCUCGCGCCUGGCGUGAACAUAUUAGCGGCAUGGCCAUUCAUGGUCGGACCUAAUGCUAGCGCAACCCCGUCGAACCCCACGUUCAACAUGAUAAGUGGCACCUCCAUGGCAGCUCCUCACGUCGCUGGCAUCGUGGCGCUGAUCAAGAACAGCCACCCAAACUGGAGUCCUUCCGCGAUCCAUUCAGCCAUCAUAACGUCCGCCAAGGACACAGACUCCGACGGCAACUACAUCAUCGACGAGCACACCAACGAAGCCGCCAACGUCUUCGCCGUCGGCGCCGGGCAGGUUAAUCCAUCGGGAGCUCUGGAUCCAGGCCUGGUUUACGAGAUCGAUCCGGCUAUCUACCCCAAAUACCUCUGUUCCUUAGGGUACACCACCGCGAUGGUCGAGCUAAUGUGGCACGAGAGCGGAGUCCAGUGCGAAGCGGAGAAGCAUAUCAAUCCAUGGGACUUGAACUACCCUUCCAUCUCGGUGGUUCUUUCUCCCGACGAGGUGAUCAAAGUUUCUCGGACCGUGAAGCACGUCGAUGGAUCGGCGGAGACCUACCGUGCUAGAGUUACCGCGCCGCCAGGGAUCGCAGUGGAGCUCUCGAAACAGGAGCUUCAAUUCUCUGGGCCCGACAAAGAAGACACCUUCGACAUCGACAUCAGCAUCGAGUCUUUAGACAAGACCAGCAGACCCUACGGAAGAGGCAAAAUUGAGUGGGAUUCUGGAACGCAUGUCGUGACGACCCCCAUCGCCGUCGAAAUUGGUUUCUGAGCCACUUGCCCGAGUGCCAGAUCGACGUCGAUGGAGAGAAGACACUUUCAUCAUCAUCAUCAUCAUCAUUAUUAUAUAUAUAUAUAUAUAUAACGGUGUACUAUCUAAUUAGAUAAAAGCCCUAUGUAAUUACAGAAAAAGAAAUAAAAUGUUGGUCAUUAUAUAACGAGCAACAAUAAAUUUCUAAGUGAUUGGCUCAAAAUCAUCCCUUACGAAUUGGGUC